UCCCGGGACUAACAACCAGACAGUUCCAAACAACAAAGUGCUUCAGUUGCCCGCUGCCCUCGACACACGUAGUCAGUGCUCCCGCUCUCUCUCUCUCCCAGUAUCUACUACAUAUCUCUCUGCGAUUCGUUAUUGCAGCUUAUUCAAGCUUUUAAUUUGAUUUCACACGUGUGUGUUUUUUCUCCAAGUAUACAGGUAUAACAAAUAUGGCCGGCAAGAACAUUAUUCCCAUCAAGCUGGGCGAUUUCAGCGUCCUUGAUUCUGAAUUCAAUUCGAUUCGUGAGCGUUUCGACUCUGAAAUGCGCAAAAUGGAGGACGAAAUGACUCGUUUCCGCUCGGAAUUGCUCAAUCGCGAGCAAUCAUCGUCGCUCUUUUCACGUUCGUCCACCUCUAGCAGCACGACCUCUUCCAGCACUAACAGCUCUAUGCUGCCGGGUAUGCACAUGUCGGAGGCUCGCAAAUGGAUCGGUGAUGUCAAGGAGCAAAUGUCUUCUCUUUCUUCUGCCUCUUCCUCUCACAUGCACAGUGCUUUGGCUGCUCCGGCCUCUGAUUGGUUGACUGGUCUCCACUCUCCGCUGAUUCAAGAGGAUGGCGAAGAAAAGAAAUUAAAGUUGCGUUUCGACGUGGCUCAGUACACGCCCGAAGAGAUUGUCGUCAAAACGGUGGACAACAAGUUGUUGGUUCACGCCAAACACGAAGAGAAAUCCGAAUCGAAAUCCGUCUACAGAGAAUACAACCGAGAGUUCCUUUUGCCGAAGGGAACCAAUCCCGAAUUGAUCCGUUCGUCGUUGUCCAAGGACGGUGUGCUGACCAUUGAAGCACCUCUACCAGCCAUCGCUGCAGGUGAAAAAAUGAUCCCCAUUGCUCAGCAUUGAUGCAAAUAUGAAUCUCCCUUCCCCAAGAAAAAUUUUUCAGUUUUUGAUGUCAACCGUUUUGAAAAAUGUGACUCUUUUUUUUUUGUGGGGUCGCAUACAGCAGCUUUAAGUAAGAAAAAAAAAGAAAAAAAAAUCUUUAUUUAUCUCCGGAAUCUCAUUUUUAUGGAGGGGAAGGGGUUACAUAAUUGGAAUGAAAAACUUUUUCCGCUUUUUAUCGUUUGAACCGCAAGAUGCACGUGCUUCGUUACCCAAUGGAGCCACCCACUUUUUUUUUUUUUGUCUUUCUGUCAGUGUUGGUGGUGAAAAAAUAAGAAACAUUUGCAAAACAGGUUAUGAUAUUUUGUUCUUUUGUAUUUUUUCACUGCCCAAAAUACACAUACACCACCCACUUA